GUGCUCGCUUCUGCUUGGCAGCUGUGUCCGCCUCUGCCCUGCGUAGCCCCUAACAUGGCGCUCUCCGGCGACCCCCAUUUCAAGAAGCUGGUGGAGUGGCAUAAGGCGAACUCCUCCAAGCUCGUCCUGCGGCAGCUCUUCGAGGCCGACAAGGAUCGCUUCCAGAAGUUCAGCUUGACUCUGAAUACUGAUCAUGGGGAUAUCUUACUGGAUUAUUCGAAGAACCUUGUUACAGAAGAAGUGAUGAAAAUGCUGAUGGAACUGGCAAAGUCAAGGGGUGUGGAAAGUGCCAGGGAGCGCAUGUUCGGUGGAGAGAAGAUCAACUUCACUGAGAACCGAGCUGUGCUUCAUAUUGCUCUGAGAAAUCGUUCCAAUGUGCCAAUACUUGUAGAUGGGAAGGAUGUUGUUCCAGAAGUAAACAAAGUGUUGGACAAAAUGAAACACUUCUGCCAGAGAGUCCGUAGUGGUGAAUGGAAAGGCUACACUGGAAAGACAAUCACUGAUGUGGUCAAUAUUGGGAUUGGUGGCUCUGACUUGGGUCCUCUGAUGGUAACUGAAGCCCUGAAACCGUAUUCCAAGGGAGGCCCUCGUGUUUGGUUUGUAUCCAACAUUGACGGUACUCAUAUAGCCAAAACCCUGGCUGAGCUUAAACCAGACACUACGCUCUUCAUCAUUGCAUCAAAGACUUUCACUACCCAAGAAACUAUCACCAAUGCAGAAACGGCUAAAGAGUGGUUCUUACAUGCUGCUAAUGAUCCUUCAGCUGUGGCCAAGCAUUUUGUUGCCUUGUCUACCAAUGCUCCUAAAGUUAAAGACUUUGGAAUUGACCCAGAGAACAUGUUUGAGUUUUGGGAUUGGGUUGGUGGCCGCUACUCUCUGUGGUCUGCCAUUGGUCUCUCCAUUGCCCUGCAUAUUGGUUUUGACAACUUUGAGAGCCUGCUUGCAGGAGCCCACUGGAUGGAUAAACACUUCCACACUGCCCCACUGGAGAAGAACAUGCCUGUUCUGUUGGCCAUGCUAGGUGUCUGGUACAUAAACUGCUACGGAUGUGAAACCCAUGCCCUUCUGCCCUAUGACCAAUACAUGCACCGCUUUGCUGCCUACUUCCAGCAGGGUGAUAUGGAAUCUAAUGGCAAAUACAUUACCAAGAAAGGAUCUCGUGUGGACUACAGUACUGGCCCUAUUGUGUGGGGAGAGCCUGGCACCAACGGGCAGCAUGCUUUCUACCAGCUCAUUCAUCAAGGAACUCGCAUGAUUCCCUGUGACUUUCUGAUCCCAGUCCAGACCCAGCAUCCAGUCAGAAAUGGCUUGCAUCACAAGAUCCUUUUGGCCAACUUCCUUGCUCAGACUGAGGCCUUGAUGAAAGGGAAGACUGCUGAUGAAGCUCGUAAGGAACUUCAAGCGGCAGGACUGAGUGGAGAUGCUCUGGAGAAGCUCCUUCCCCAUAAGGUCUUUGAGGGAAAUCGACCAACCAAUUCCAUCAUGUUUACAAAACUCAACCCAUUCACUCUGGGAGCCAUCAUUGCCAUGUAUGAGCACAAGAUAUUUGUUCAAGGAAUUGUCUGGGAUAUUAACAGUUAUGAUCAGUGGGGAGUUGAGCUUGGAAAACAACUUGCCAAGAAAAUUGAGCCUGAACUGGAGUCAGAUGCUCCAGUGACAUCUCAUGAUAGCUCAACAAAUGGGCUCAUCAAUUUCAUCAAAAAACACAGAGCCUGAAAUGAGAUAUUUGGAGGACAUCGACAAUCUAACCACCGAAUACCCAAAUCUGUUGUAGUUGUGCU